AUGGCGUCGCACCAAGAAGACGACCUUCUGCCCGAGAACACCACGGGCUAUAAGCUCACCCAGCCCAAGCACACGCUGGAAGAGUACAAGAAGAUGGAGAGUUCAGUCAUCGAGCAAAACACAAAUAUGAGCCCCGACCGCAAGAUCCAGUUUGUGGUUCCGGAGCCGCAUGAGAACGAUGAGUCCCUCCAGCGCUACAAGGCUUCUCUCGGCUUGGGCAACGGCAAGGACCUGUCUGAUCCCAAUGACCCUCGCGUAUGCAUUAUCCUUUCCCUGACGAUGGAAUCGCCCGGCCGCGAGCCGGUCGUCAUCGACCUUUCUGAGCCUGGAGCUUUGGAGAACCUGAAGAAGAAGCCCUUCAAGAUCAAGGAAGGUGCCAACUUCACGAUGAGCGCCAAAUUCAAAGUCCAACAUGAGAUCCUGAGUGGUCUGCACUAUGUUCAGGUCAUCAAGCGCCAUGGCAUCCGUAUCCCUGGUGGCAAGUCCGACGAGAUGAUCGGCAGCUAUGCUCCCAACACCGAUAAGCAGCCGGUGUAUGUCAAGAAGUUCCAAGAGGAGACCGCCCCUACUGGCUGGGCUGUCCGCGGCAAGUACGAUGUCACUUCCAGCUUUGUCGAUGACGACCAGAAGACGCAUCUCAAGUUCGACUGGGCCUUUGAGAUCGACAAGGACUGGUAA